UACUGGCAAAGGAGGUCUAAUGAUGUAGCAAAGGUCAUCAAAUCACUUAAAAAUAUACACGCUAAUAAAAACAUCAAUGACCAAAGCGAUGCGGAAAACGAGAUCAGUUCGUGCGCCAGGAGUGAGAUGGUUCCUGGCAUUGCAUCAGUGGCUCACGAAUGCCAGGACUGCCGAUGAGACACCGAAAUUCCGAAACCGGUCAAGCAUGUGCUUGUUGAACCAGGAGUGACCGAUAUGCAAAACAAUCAUUCCGAGCGCGAUGACGUCACGACGCACGAGUAAAGUCGGUGUGGUGACGCAACCACGCACGGAGAGUGACGUCGUUACGCGGUGGUCCACACGCCGAUCACACGUGGAGUCGCGGAGCCCGGACCCCGGCCUCGUGGGGGGCGGCGUCUCUUACCAAGCUCUGCCGGGGACCUCUCAUCGAAUGCAAAUAGCCGCCAUGGGUUCCUUUCGUCCAACUCGCAUUCAGAGCAUCCCCCAACUUGGUGAGAAAAUAAGCAACGAGACCCUCUACUGGAAGGCUUAUCGGAGUCCGGUUCAGAUCAACGAGUAUGGCGCAGUCACGCACGUGCACUUCUCUCCGACUGCGCCGCACCACUUCGCCGUGUCCGCCUCUACCAGGGUGCACGUGUACGCGGCCCACUCCGCCGAGCCUCAGCGCACGUUCACGCGGUUCCGCGACGUGGCCUUCGGCGCGACGUUCCGCGCCGACGGGCGCCUGCUGGUGGCCGGCAGCGAGGAGGGGGUGGUGCGAGUGUUCGAGGCGCAUGGACGGGUGCCGCUGCGCAGCUUUGAUGGGCACAAGCGUGCGGUUCGCGUGUCGUGCUUCAUGAGCGACGGGCUGCGCGUGCUCUCGGGGUCGGACGACUGCACAGCGCGGCUCUGGGACGUGGCGACUGGCGCGCAGCUUUCGUCCUUCGCGAGCCACGGAGACUACGUGCGGUCGGCGCAUGUGUGCACCCUCAACCCCAACCUCUUCAUCACCGGCUCGUACGAUCACAUGGUGCGGGUGUUCGACGUGCGGCAGCCGGACGCGGUGCUGACGCUGGACCACGGCUUCCCUGUCGAGAGCGUGCUCGCCUUCCCCUCUGAGGGGCUCUACGCGUCGGCCGGCGGUCGGCUGGUGAAAGUGUGGGACGCCGUGCGUGGAGGGCACCUCCUCGCCUGCCUGCGGCACCACCACAAGACUGUGACAGCGCUCACCCUCAACGGCGCCGGCGACCGGCUGCUCACCGCCUCGCUCGACAGGCACGUGAAGGUGUUGAGCACGACCACGUUCAAGCCGGUUCACAGCUUCGACUACCCGGCUGCCAUCCUCAGCCUCGGCAUCUCUCCGGAUGACCAGACGCUGGUGGCUGGGAUGACCAAUGGGCUUUUGAGCGUUCGGAACCGCAAGACGGAGGAGCGCCAAAAGCCGGAGCCUCGCCGCCGACGCGGCGCCACCUACCGCUACUACGUCCGCGGAAAGGACUACCUGCCCAAGAAGGGCGAUGUCAAGGUGAGCUUCCAGGCGCGGACUAAACAGCAGACGUACGACAAGCUGCUCAGGACCUUCCAGCACUCGCGCGCCCUGGACGCCGUGCUCGAGGCCCAGGUGGCGUCGCGACACCCCCAGGUGACGGUGAGCGUGAUGGCGGAGCUGGCGCGCAGGCAGGCGUUGCAGAGCGCCAUCGCCGGGCGCGACGAGCAGCAACUGCUGGUUCUGCUCGCGUUCCUGCUGCGGAACAUGCUGGACCCUCGAUUCUCCUCCGUCCUCACCACGGUUGCUGAUGCCCUCAUCGACAUCUACGGCUCGACGCUGCACAAGUCGCGGGCCGUGGCGCAGCGCUUCGAGAAGCUGGCGGAGCUCAUCGAGCGCGAGGUCUCCUUCCAGCAGGAGCUGCUCGCCGCCAUGGGCAUGAUGGACGCCCUCUUCGCGGCCAACACCGAGCGCAAGCACGCGCAGGGCGACGCGCUGCCGGCCCCGGCCCCGGCCCCGGCCGUGCCGGCCGUGCCGGCGACUCCCGCGGUCGCGACGUCGUAGCCCGACGGUCCCCGCACCCUCCCCCCCCCGCCCCCAAUCCCCGUCGCGGCCCGUCACCUCCGUUAGACAUGCGGCAACACUUCCAGGGAUUAAGUUCAGCUGGGUCUGCGCUCUGGUUCAGCGGCCCCGGUAACUGCUUGCGAGCCCCAGCACGUCGAGUUUUCCCCGCGCUGCGUUGUCUCGAAGUGGCCGGGGCGGCAGCCGGCAGCGUUGUUCGCCGCUGGUUGCGGAGGUUCGCGGUUCGGAACACAUCGGCGGCCCCGGUUCACCACACUGCGAGUGUACGAGCCGUAGCUACGCGCCGUCUGCUUUGCAGUGGGCGUUCAAGAUCCCCUGAUGUCAUUUGGGUCGGGCCACUUGUUGCUUUGCGAGCGUGUUGUUAGCCAAAAUUAGCCAAAUUUAAAAAAAAGAAAUUCUCGCAGAAUCCUUAAUUCGGUAAAACCGCGUAGCACAAUCGCCCCUACCUUGCGCGACCCAGGCCAACCUGAGCCGGUGCUCGGAUCAGCUUGCGCUGCGCAGGGGCCAGCUGACACUAUCGCGACGGGGGUAGUUGUUGAGAUGGCUAAGAUGAGACGCCAUGCAAGGUGCUUUGAGUUGCGGAGGCGUUUUUUUUAAGCAAGCGUCCAAUGAACGCGAAUCCUUUAAAGUCGCGCGCCAUCUCCGGUCGAAGCAGCGGGGCCCGAAAACGAUUCGGUGAGGAUUUGAAGGCCCUGUACGCAUCGGUUCGUCGUGGCGUCGUGGCGCGCGAGCGUCGAGUCAUCGGCGCGCAUGUUGUGUACCAUCGGUGUCCGCCGGGAGGGGAGGGGGGUUUCCGAGACCGAGGUGCUCGGGUUCGCCAUUCUUAUUUCUUUGACUUAUAAAUGACUUGGUUUUGCACACACACGCCGCGUGAGCCGCGUGGUUUUGCAUACGCGUCCCGCGCCCUCUGAGUAAGAUGCUCGAAAUGAAAGAUCCUCUUUUACCCUCGACUUGACGCUUUCGUGACUGCAAGAAUCCGUACUCUUUGGUUCUUUCGGUAAAGUCACGAGGGUAACAAAAAUAAAAACAAUUUUUUUUAUUUUUUGUUGUUUAUUUUAUGUUUCUACCUACGUGACUUUACCGAAACAACCAAAGAGUAUCCUCUUUUACGUUGGGAUAUGAUGCGUGUGUUAUUAUUUAUUUAAUGCCACGCGGCUUGGUAGAUUGAGCAAGAGGCCCGACAGCUUUGUGGGGUAGUUCCACAGUGGGUGGUGUUACGCAUAGCCUUGCCCAUGCCAUAGGAAUGUGUAAUUUCCAUCACUGCUUCAGGGCUGUAAACUUGGAUCUUUUAAUAUUUUUCGACAAUGCAGCCACACGUCCUGAUGUAUUUGAUCCAAUACAAAUGAAGAUCCUCUAAACGAAGACGCUCCAUGUUGAAUAUAGAAUCCUAUUGGAGUCUCUUAACGUGACAAAGGCGUCCCCUGAUCCAUAUUAGCAUCAUCCUCUGUCAUGAUUUUGAUCUGCGUUAUCCGCAUCGCGUGGGACGUUACGUUCUUAGCAAUCGUCAGGUGCGUGCAGGUUGAACAGACUCUUAAGAUUGGUCAACGGAGAACGGCGUUUGACACUGGAUCUGCAGAUUGAGAAAUCGUCGCUUCGAUGAACCCAGCAGUCACGAGAGGCGCCGCAUUAACCCCGGUAGCGUCGAGACGUCCGGCUAUUGAAUCGGGACAACCCCCGCGUCGAGUGGCGAGCGAGGCGAAUCGUGGCGCCUUAUCCGAACCGUAAUAGUUCUACAGUGUAAUAAUUUUUUUUAAAAAAUAUAUAUUUUUUACUUUUGGCAGAAAUCUCACGACGGCGUUGGGAGCCACGCCUUGACACCGUCGUGCGCCGCGAUCGAAAGCAGCGGGCGGCGGCGACGACUAUCGGUCACCUUUUAAAUCGGUGACGAAUAUCUGAACCGGUCCUGGGCCCUUUCCUCCCCGAGCUCGACUCGGCCCCAAACGAGUAUCCGGUGCUGUCUGUAAACGUCGCACCGGUUACAUCGGCGAACUUCGGUGGGUGGGUGGGGGGGGAAGGGGGGGGCACCGUUUUCAAUCGUGGAAAUUUCACGGCCGCGACUUCCCACCGCCACCGGCUGUCUGCACGUGUGUUGGCCGUUGACUCGCCGCGGCUUUGACACCCCCCCCCCCCCCCCCCCCCCCCCCCCCCCCCCCCCCGGACAUUCCGCAAGGGAUACACGCGGAGUUUCGGCGAGCGGUUUUUGUUGUUGUAGAGAUGGGGCAGGGCUUUCGGUGGGUUGGCCACUCUCGCUUCGCGGCGCUUGUGAAAUCCUCCCGGACGCUGGAAUCGGGAGGUAGCGGUGGUGUGUGGGCCCCCAACGCCGUGGCCACGGUUUCCGAACCGUUCUGUCGUGCGUUGCUCCGCGGUUUUAAAAUAAAGUUUAGAACGUUCGCGAACGUA